AGGAAAGGGACAGAAGAGAAAAACAAGAAGAUAAUAUACGACACACUAAAACAAAUGGAAGAAGUCUUAAGUUGUUGUUACUUAAAAGGUUUUAAUCUGUUAUGUUAGUGCGCUGUAUGUUGGCCCCAAACUAAAAUGAGUUCGACAGCCCCUGUAUAAAUUCUGUCAAUAAAUGUUUUAUUGUGAAAUGACAAAGCGGAAGUUCUUUUCGUUGGGUGGGUCGACGCACGUGCAGCUGGAUGUUUUGCUAGAUUCGUCAGCAGCGAAGAGCGUCCGUCGAGUUUGUUUUCUUUCCACAUUCCACUAGGACUUGUAUUCGUAGAUGUUUUGCGGUUUUUUAUUCUUCUUAAGGUCAAGCUUAAAUAUCGAUUCGUCUCCAGGUAUGUCUGAACCUAAACUUGUCUUUAUGCCAAAUACAAAAAGUAGUAGUAGUAGCAUUUGAGCAUUAAAUAAGAGUGUGUGUUUGCAUUUUCACUUUUGUUUGGAUUUGCACUUGAUCAGGUGUCUUAGAUCAAGUGCCAAUUUUCAGUUUAUGUUGGAGACGACGUCAGAAAGGUGACAUUUCGAUUUGUCAUCUUGGAAUGUGUAGUUUGGUCCUGCUUAACUAAUACUUCUGUUAUUUAGCCUAUCACACUGACCUUAAUGUGGUGGUCAAAAUUAUCGACUGUACAUAAAUUCAAAUCCACCACAAACCACAGUCUCCAAAAUAAUAGCACGGUUGAAUCAGCUUUGUCUACUGACAGGGUGCAGCCUACGUAGAGUUUGAUGUUCACCUCUCCAAGGAUGCUGUUCCUAUCGUAUAUCAUGAUCUGACUUGCCGCAUAUCGUCUCAGAAGGUAAAUUUGAGCCCGGCUGUAAUCAGAUCUCCACUAUUGUCAAACGACUAAAGAAAUGUAAAAAGAAAACACACAAAUGAUUAAGUUUAGGUCGUAAAGAGUGGCAUAUGUAUGGUGAGUACAGUAAAUACAUCCAAGGAAGAAAUAUACCAAACCAAAUACAUUUAAAAAUGAAUGCAUUCUAAAAAAGAAAAAUCAACAAUCUAAUGGGACAGUAAAUUAACAGGGAAGCUGAUGUAAACAGAAAUAAGUGUAGAAGCCUCCAAAUGUAUUGUUUAUUAAUCAGUUAGAUUUGAUUAGUUCUUUAAUGCCUACAUUAAUCCUGAUUAUUAUUGUUGUUGUUGUUGUCAAUUGAGCAAUUAAUUCAUUACAUUUUUAUUAUGCUUUGGGCACUUCUGGUCCUCCAUACAGAGCAGGUCUCUGCUGUGUACUUUGUACCAAAUAAGUGCUGUGUCACUUUGACCUGGUUCUAUGCCGUGAUACUGUUACUAGUGUUGUUAAUUCCGUUCAGUGAAAAUAGGUGAGAUUCAAUCUAUACGGGAUUGACAGGAGCUUUGGAAACCAAGUGAAUCUGGGUUACUACGACCUGACAUUAAAUACCUCUCGAGUGACAAAGGGAUUUAGAGAAGAGUCACCAUGCGUUCAGGAAAGAAAAGCUCCGGGCAGGAGAAUCAAUCAAUCAAUCUCGAAAUUGAUAUGGAUUUACGUUCUCAGCCCAAAGCAAAGGCAGAAGAAGACUGUGUGAGCAGUUGUGUCUCAGAUAAAGACAGAAAUAAACCAACCUAUUGUAUAACUGAUGUCCCGCCUUGGUACCUUUGCAUUUUCCUAGCCAUUCAGCAUUACCUCACAGCAUUUGGUGGGGUGAUCACCAUCCCUCUCAUUCUUUCUGAGGGACUUUGUCUGCAACAUGACAGCUUGACCCAGAGCCACCUCAUUAACACCAUUUUCCUUGUUUGUGGCCUGUGCACCAUUCUGCAGGUUACCUUCGGUGUCAGACUUCCCAUCAUCCAGGGGGGUACAUUUGCCUUGGUGACUCCUGCUGUGGCCAUGUUGUCCAUGCCAGAGUGGAAGUGCCCAGCUUGGACCCAGAAUGCCAGCCUGGUUGACACCUCCUCCCCUGAAUACUUAGAAGUGUGGCAGACUCGCCUGAGAACACUCCAGGGCUCUAUCAUGGUGGCCUCUGUCCUUCAGAUCUUGGUUGGCUUCUCUGGCCUCAUCGGCUUUCUCAUGCGCUUUAUUGGCCCCUUAACCAUCGCCCCAACUGUCUCUCUCAUCGGCCUAUCUCUGUACGACCCUGCCGGAGACAAGGCUGGCACCCACUGGGGCAUCUCUGCCAUGACCGCAGUGCUGAUCAUCCUGUUUUCUCAGUACCUUCGCCUUAUACCAAUCCCUGUUCCUGCAUACAGCAAGACCAGAAAACUGCACACCUCAAAGUUUUAUAUCUUCCAGCUAAUGCCUAUUCUUCUGGGCAUAGCGGUCUCGUGGUUAGUCUGCUACCUCCUCACCAUCUGUGAUGCUCUACCAGCCGAUUCAACCCGCUAUGGCUACCUGGCUCGCACUGAUGUGAAGGGAAAUGUAGUGGGCAAGGCUUCCUGGUUCACAAUACCUUACCCUGGUCAGUGGGGUGUGCCGAUGGUGAGCCUGGCAGGUGUGAUUGGCUUUAUGGCUGGAAUAAUAUGCUCCAUGGCAGAGUCUGUGGGCGACUACUAUGCAUGUGCCAGGCUGUCAGGGGCGCCCCCUCCCCCGAAGCACGCCAUCAACCGGGGCAUUGGCGUUGAAGGGGUUGGCUCAUUGUUGGCGGGGGCCUUCGGCACAGGCAACGGCACCACUUCUUUUAGUGAGAAUGUGGGAGCACUUGGUAUCACCAAAGUGUGUAGUCGAACAGUGAUUUUCCUGAGCGGAGUCUUCAUGAUUUUAAUGGGGAUAUUGGGCAAAUUUGGAGCCAUCUUCACCACAAUCCCCGACCCUGUGGUUGGAGGGAUGUUCCUGGUCAUGUUCGGAGUCAUAACUGCUGCUGGAAUCUCUAAUCUGCAGUCCACAGACAUGAAUUCUUCUCGAAAUAUCUUCGUGUUUGGUUUCUCCAUGUUUUCCGCUAUUGCCAUUCCCAACUGGAUCAAUAAGAAUCCGGACAACCUGCAAACAGGUGUCAAAGAGGUGGACCAAGUACUGCGCAUAUUGCUGACAACCAGUAUGUUUGUGGGAGGCUUUCUUGGCUUCGUCUUAGAUAACACAAUUCCUGGGACUAAACGUGAGCGUGGCCUCUUAGCCUGGGACAAAGUACGUCUCGAAGACUCUGACAACACCUUUGAAACUGAGGAGGUGUACGCCCUCCCCUUUGGCAUAACCUCUUACCUGCGAUCCAAGUCUUGGGUACGUUACAUCCCUUUCUGUCCACGGGACGGUCACGGAUCUCAGCACAAGACUGAGGACAGUGAUGUGCCACAGAGCCGGGGGACUGAGCAAGGUGGACAGGUCACGGAGGAUUUGCUGUAGACCAAUGUUCCCUCUAAACUGCGCGCUUGCGCAAUCACGCACUGCUUGCACAUUCUCGCUACACAGCCAGUCAUAGCCUUGACUAGACCUGGGCAUUUAACGGCCCGCAGGCCGCAUACGGCCCUUUGGCCAUUCCCGUCUGGCCCGCGGUAUGUCAGUAAUAAGCACAGAUGAACAACUAUUUAUACUGUGCAUGCAAUACGACUGUGUUGCUUUUAUUUUGAGCCAUGAUGUGUUAUU